AAAAUAUGAUUAUUUUAUGUAAAUAUUUACAUAAAAAUAAAAUCAUCACAAAUUAGUACUAAAUUUCUUAAUUUGGGCGGAGCAAAACCCUAUCCCUGACUCCCUGGAGUUUUCCCGGUUGAAGCUAAAAAAUUGUUCUUACUCCUUUUCUUUUGUUUUGCUCUAAACCCCAAAGGAAGAAAGAGGUAGAUAUAAUGCCUUCGUUUCCACAGCCUGGCUCAGUUACCAUCUGCGAAAUCAACCGAGAUUUAGUUACUGCCGAUGCCCUUUCCGAUGUUCGAGCCAAUGACACUUAUGGAAAGCUUCUUGGAAUAGUGUUCAGUCCGGUUCCAUUUCAUUCGGUAGAGGAUCCCACCGAACCUCCGGCAACUUCAAAUGCUCCCGUCUCUCGGCCCAAAGGAUUUGAAAUGAUCACUCGCUCCCUCAAACACAUUUUUCAAUCCAACGAUAUUGAUUUGUUACCAGAAGUUGCUCUCCAAGGUGUGAGCUGGCAUCAGCACAAACAUAUCCUUGCAUUUAUAUCUGGUUCUAAUCAGGUGACAGUUUGUGAUUAUGAAGAUUCAGGGAAGGAACCAUGCAUUUUAACAAGUGAGUCCCAAAGAGAUGUUAAAGUUCUAGAGUGGAGGCCAAACGGUGGAAAGUCACUUUCUGUGGCAUGCAAGGGUGGAAUUUGCAUUUGGUCGGCAUCUUAUCCAGGGAAUGCAGCAUCAGUUAGAUCUGGUUCUACUUCAUUCUUGGGGGCACUCUCUAGAGGCUCUGGGACUCGGUGGACUCUAGUGGAUUUUUUUCGAAGUCCUCAUGAUGAACAAAUAAGUGCACUUUCUUGGAGUCCUGGUGGAAGAUAUUUGGCCUCUGCCUCAUAUGAAAGCUCGUCAUUCACAAUCUGGGAUGUUGCCCAAGGCAUUGGGACACCCAUUCGACGGGGAAUAGGGGGAACAUCAGUGAUUAAAUGGUCUCCAAUUGGAGAUUACUUUUUUUCUGGAAAAUUUGAUGGAACCUUUUAUCUUUGGGAGACAAACACAUGGACAUCUGAACCGUGGUCUUCAGCCAGUGGAUUUGUCACAGGUGCAACCUGGGAUCCUGAUGGUCGUAUGGUCCUGCUUGCUUUCUCUAGGUCUUCAACAUUGGGUUCUAUACACUUUGCAACUAAACCUCCAUCUUUGGAUGCCCACUUAUUACCGGUUGAUUUGCCAGAGAUAAUAUCUUUGGCAGGCAGUCAGGGAAUCGAGAAGAUAGCCUGGGAUGGUUCUGGAGAGCGAUUAGCAGUAUCAUAUAAAGGAGGGGAUGACAUUUAUAAAGGUCUCAUUGCAAUAUAUGACACAAGGAGGAAUCCCUUGAUUUCUACAUCACUAAUUGGUUUUAUAAGAGGGCCUGGCAACAAUCCAAAGCCAAUUAUGUUUUCCUUUCAUGACAAGUUUAAAGAAGGACCAUCGCUUUCUGUGUGCUGGAGCAGUGGGUUUUGCUGUACCUACCCUCUCAUAUUCCGUUCCUAAGUUCUUCUGUGGUCAAGGCCUUUAGACGCAACCUGUGUAUGGCUUUUUAUGCGAACAGUACAAACAGUGGAUUAGAUCUAAUGAAACACAAUGAAAUUGAGGGAAUUUCUAUCUUCCGUUGUUUUGCUUCACAUUAUUAUUCCUUUCUCGUUGUCUAUUGCCUUCUGUUAGAGUUUAUUGUUGUUCUGAACUGAACUUAAACAUCAUUGGUGACUACAAUUUUAAUGAUGAAUGAUCAGGUCCAUGAGCAUCACAUGUUAAAAGAAAAUAUUUUUUUAAGGUAUUUGGUAGGAGAGAAAAUUAAGAUAAAAUGAGAGAUGGUUAAUUUUC